AACUUUGCCUGUAAACAAAAAUGGCGCAUUUUCCUAGCCCGUGGUUACAUGGGCCUCCGACAGGUUCAAAUGUUUUUUGUGCUAAUUUCAAUACAAAUUCCGGAAACAUACGAUCUCCUUUGCAAUCGUUUCAGCGGAAUCCAACAGUGCCAUUCCAUUCUUUCCCAGUAAACAACCCUCCACCAAUUUCGCCAGGAGCAUUCCCAAAUAGGCCUCGUUUCCAAAAUUUUAGUGAUCUAAGUUCACCAGCGUUCGGAAAUAGACAGUCAGCAUUUGAACGAAUGCCACCGCCAAACAUACGUCCUCCGAACAUGCCACCAUCAAAUAUGCCUACGAUAAGACCACAUUUUAGUGCUGCAGGAAAUUUUGAAAAUCGGCCUACACCUUGGCACCAAACGGAUAACUUUAUCAGGAAUCGAUCACAGUUUACAAACCGUCCUCAGCCAAGAGAUUUCAACAAAUUUAAAAAGAAUGACAGGAAAUUUAAAAGAAAAGAUAACCGAAAAUUUAAGGAUGACACAACAGAGAAGCCUUUUUAUUGUGAUACAUGUGACCGAGCCUAUGCCUUGGAAAAUGAACUUCAGUCUCAUCUAAUGGAGCACACAAAGUGUGAUUUUGCUGGUUGCUGUUUUGAAGCCCAUCCUAAAAUUGUUGCUUUGCAUAAGAAAAUGCAACAUGACACUGGUUAUGCAGAUGUUAUUAACAAACUGCAAGAUUCUGAAGAAAUUAAAAAAUGGAGAGAGGAAAGACGGAAGCGUUUUCCAACAGCUGAAAAUAUAAAGAAACGGAAAGCAGAGCAGGCUGAAAAAGAAGCUCGUGGUGAAGUGUUGGAGACUAAAGAUUUUGGAAAGUUCAAGCGAAGAAAAUUUGAUCCCGCCGACAUAAAAAAUAAGAAUGUGCGUAAUCGUGGAAACCGAUUUCAUCGAUCCAAGACCCAUCAGAGAAGAAAUGAGAAAUUUUCACAACCUGUUGCAUCCAAAGCCAUGAUUACUGUUUCUGAUACUGAUUCUGACUCAGAUUCUCAUAUAUCUCUUCCAAAGUUUUUAGGAAUGUCAAGUGUAAAUGCUAAUAGUGUGGUACCAAAUGCUUCAGGCCUUUGUAAUCUGAAUGUAGAUAGUUUAGAUCUUCAAUCUGAAAGUGUCAGUGAAGUUGAAAAAUUAUCAUGUGUAGAUAAGGAAUUCUUGAACGAUAAAUCUGAAUCUUGUGAAGUGCCACCCGUUAAUAAAGUAUCUCUACCUUUAUCAAAUUUAAAUAAUGAAGUAAAGGAAUCAGAUUCAUUAUGUCAGUUGAAUGGUGGCAGUAAUAACGGUUCUGAUGAUCUUCAUGUCAGCGAGAAUAUAAAAUCACCAUGCCAUAUCGAAGCUAUUAAUAUAGAAUCGGAUGAUGAACCACCCACUGUGCUUCCAAUUCUGAAAACUACUGUGACUGGAAACUCGAAUUCAGUGGACAAUCCAGAUUCUGAUGACGAACCACCCACAGUUAUCCCAAUUAUUAAAUCUUCAAUUGAAAGUUCAAAUUCUGUUGACUAUCCAAGUGCAGAGGUACCAUGUUCUAGACGUGCUGCUAAAGGUGAUACAGAUCAGAGGCAUAUUGAUAAAGGGGAGGGAAAUAUAAAUCCUAAACGUUUUGAGAAAAAUAACAAAAAGAUAGAUCCACCAGCUGUUCCUGUGCGUAAAAGCACUCUUCUAGAAAAGCUUUUGGCUGAUGACAUAAGGCAUGAAAGAAAUGUCAUCCUACAGUGUAUUCGUCAUAUUGUGAAAAAAAACUUUUUUGGUAUUGGAGGUGCAGUGAAAUGGAAAUCGCCAUGACAUGCCUAACAUUAUUUUGUACAUAACUGAUGAGACAAAUAUUCCUUUUACAUAUAAAAAUGAAUAUUUUUAGAACUUUCAGUUGUUGCCAUUCAUGAAAAUUCUGCAUGUUACAUUAUGCAUAAUUUUUUAUAAAAAUAUUUGACAUUAAAAACAUUGACAUUGAAA